AUGAGCGAGAAGCACUGUUUCACGGCAACUGAGAGACAGUACAAAUAUCGCUUCCCUGGUCUCAAAAACGUCAAGGAAGACGAGUGGGCGUACAUCGAGGAGGAGAUCAGGAGCCGAGACGCCCUCGGAAAGCUGUCUUUGCCUUGUCUUCAUGGUCAACCUCUUCCGCCGGGCCGCAUCAGCCGUGGGAUUUCUCGCGUCUGA